AUGGCAAAAGUUAAGGUGGAGAUUGUAUCCCAGGUCACCAUAAAGCCAUUAUCUCCAACUCCAAAUCACCUUAAACACUUCCAAAUUUCUCUCCUUGAUGAGAUAGCUACUCCUUCUUCUUUUUAUCUUCUUGUUGUUCUCUUCUACUUUGCUUUUAAUCAUAUUUUUCCAAACUGUAGAGUACCCUCCUCAAAGCUCUCAGAUUUUCUCAAGGAUAAUACCAACCAACAACUCAAUGAAAUUAAAGGGUUUCUUCCAUUAGAUCCCUAUAAGCCUAAACUAGACGAUGAUGAAGAAGAUCAUCUAAUAAUGGCUGUUCAUGUUAUUGAGUUUGGCUGUGGAGGCAAAGCAAUUGGUGUGUGCAUCUCACACAAGGUUUGUGACACAACAUCAGUAGCUUCAUUCCUCAAAGCUUGGUCUCAAAAGGCAAUGGGAGAGGGAAGUGAAGUGGCCUCUUCUUCACCUCUUAAUAUGGAAGCUUAUGCUUUUUCCGCCCAAGGAUUGAAAGAAGAAAUUUCAUCAAGAGGUUGCAGCUUUAAGUCCACUAGAAUUGAAGCUGUAACAACUUUCAUAUGGAAAUCAGCAUUGGAAGCUGUAAGAACUACAGAGCCAAGUGACAAAAGUAGUUCAUUCCUGUUACAUGCUGUGAACAUACGAAGCCGAAUGUUUCUGCCAUUACCAGAGAAUUCUCUCAGUGACAAUGACAUGCUUCACUUAUUCAUGAUGAGUCAUCGGCUAGGGAAGGAGCCAAUUGAUCCUGAGAGGGCUAGACCCAGUGAGGACGAUGUUGAACGGACUGAGGAGGCUCAUUUUACUGGGGAUGAACAACCCCAUGCUGAUAAUGAUGCUGCUGAGGAGGAGGAGCAGCAGAGUAAGUUUAUUUUGGGGAAGGAGUUGAGGGCCAACACGAUCAAGAGGCUUGGAGUGGCAUAG